AUGAAUAUUAUCGCUUGGAACAUCCGUGGCUUUACGGAUGAAUCAAAGCGUUUACUGAAAGAGCAUUGUAGUUCUUUUUCCCCUAUGAUUAUUGGUUUGAUCGAGCCUAAGGUUCGUCAAAGUUUUUGGAUGUCGAUUAACAUGGUUCCACGACAUCAAAAUAGCAGGCUCUUGCGUCGCCCUAAUAUUUGGUUAAUUGCUCACCCUUCUGUGAACAUUAACAUUAUUCACUCCUCCGAGCAAGCCAUUGUAGCGGACUGUAGCUGGAAUUCGAGGAUUUUUAGAGUUGCCAUUGUACAUGGUGCUAAUGAUCAGGUGGCCCGUCGCGUUCUUUGGUCGGAUCUUCUCUCAGUGAUUCACAAAAACACUGUUUGUAUUGGCGAUUUUAAUGCCGUGAAGGGUGCCCAUGAGCGUAUUAGCAUGGUGACCCCUAGUAGAAGCUCUUGUCGUGAUUUCUGUAAGUUUAUUGAGGAAGCUGAUUUUAUAGAGUCGCCUACGACAGGGCUGCAUUUUACUUGGUCGGGGCGUCGCUUUCUUCCCCGGCAUAUUGAGUCAAGGCUUGAUCGAGCUCUUUUCUCUUCUGGUUUCGCUGACAUGUGGACCAAUAUUGUCACUCAUGCGUUACCUAGAUUGACUUCGGAUCACUCGGCUUUAGUUCUUCAAUGUAGAGACGCGGCUCCUCCUGGGAAGCGUUCGUUCCGGUUUCUUAACAUGUGGGUUUUGCACCCUGAUUUUCAAAACUUGACUCAUAACUCUUGGUCUGGUGAUGUGGACGUCCGUUGUCCCAUUUUCAAGGUGAUGUUUAAACUAAGAAGACUCCGUGCUGAUCUUAAGACCUGGAAUCGUACGGUUUUUGGGAAUGUUGAUGAUCAGAUUGUGGCUUAUCAGGCUGCGCUUUUGGAGAUUCAGCAGCGUAUUUCACAAAAUGGGUACUCGGAUUCGAUUUUUGAUGAGGAGAUACAGGCUCAGGCGCGCCUUAACAUCAUUUUGGAAAGAAAGAACAGUUUAUUGCAUCAGAAAAGUAGAGCGAAGUGGUUGACUGAUGGUGAUCGUAACACUUCUUUUUUCCACUGUCUCAUCAAAUUCAGGAAGCCGAAGCAGCGCCUGAAUCAUCUGCGCAUUGGGGAUCAGAUUUCGAGUGAUAAGGACGAUAUUAAGAAUCAUAUUAUUGAUUUUUUUUCUAAUCUUUUCAGGGAGGAGGGUCCGUGUCGUGACGACAGAACCAUGUUGGAAGCUAUUAUUGAUCAUAGUGUCACUGAGGAGCAGAAUGCUAAUUUGAUCAGAAUCCCGGAGGAUGACGAGAUAAAGGCCUCGGUGUUUGGGAUGGACGCUUCUAGCGCCCCGGGUCCUGAUGGUUUUUCGGGUCUCUUCUUUCAGAAUUGUUGGAAUAUCAUUAAAGAGGAUAUCUGUCUCGCUGUUCGGACUUUUUUCUUACGGUCUUACCUUCCUGCUGGCUGCAAUGCCAGCACGUUGAUUUUGAUUCCCAAGAAAGAUCAGGUUGAUACGGUGACUGAUCUUCGUCCUAUAAUUCUCUCGAACUUCUUUUUCAAAAUCAUUUCUAAGAUUUUGGCUACCAGAUUGAGUGCGGUGGCAGCGGUCUGUGUUUCUCUUAAUCAGUUUGGUUUUAUCAGUGGUCGCAAUAUUCAUGAUUGUAUUGUGCUGGGUUCUGAGGGUUUUAAUUGCAUGAAUAGAACUAGUCGGCGCUCGAAUUUUGCUUGCAAAAUUGACAUUAGCAAAGCCUUUGACACUAUGAGCUGGGGGUUCAUUUUACAGGUGCUUCAGGUCAACGGUUUUCAUGAGACCUUUAUCAGAUGGAUUUCUGUGAUUUUCACUUCGGCUCGCAUUUCUAUUCUUUAUAAUGGUCUGUUGAGUGGUUAUUUUGCUUGCUCCAGGGGGGUUCGCCAGGGAGACCCCCUUUCACCUAUUCUGUUUGGCAUUGCUGAGGACGUCCUGAGCCAUCUUUUCCUGAAUUGUGUGCAUUCUCGGCACCUGGUGCCCAUGGACUUUAGCCGAGGAUCUCACUUUCCCACGCAUCUUUUGUAUGCUGAUGAUAUCCUCAUUUUCUGUAAAGCUUCGGUUAGAAAUGCCAAAAAGAUCAAAGAAAUCUUGAAUCUUUACGGUGAGCUAUCGGGGCAGAUUUGCAAUCCGGUUAAGUCUCAUGUCUUCUUUUCGUCUAGGGUGGCGACCCCCUUACGAAAUAAUAUUCAGAGGGAGCUUGGUUUUGCUAUCGGAAGUUUGCCGGUUACUUACCUUGGUGUUCCUUUAUUCACGGGCCGUAUUCGUGCUUCUUAUUUUAUGGCGAUUUAUGAUAAAAUCGUUAAUAAAUUUGCAAGAUGGAAAGGGUUGCAGCUCUCUAUGGCAGGACGGCUCUGUUUGGUUCGCUCGGUGAUUCAAAGUUCGGUUACUCAUUCCAUGAUGAUCUAUAGAUGGCCGAAAUCUCUUAUUUAUAAUUUGGAUAAGAAGUGUCGUAAUUUCAUCUGGACCGGGAGUGUAGAUAUCAAACCUUCCUGCCCGGUCAGUUGGAAUCGGAUUUGUGCCCCUCGAGUGGAAGGGGGUUUGGGAGUGCGACCUUUCUCUACAAUGAACAAGAGUUGUCUGAUGAAAAUGGCGUGGAAAAUGGUCCAAGGUCAGGAUUUUGCGUUUGCUGUUCUGCGUACUCGUUAUCUCACUAUCUUUGGCUACGCGAAGCUUAAUAUUGCCUCUUCCCCUUACUGGACGGGAAUUCGAGAGCAUGUGAAUCAACUUGUUGAUAACUCUUUUUCUUAUGUGGGCAAGGGUUCGACCACUUACUUUUGGAAAGACGACUGGUUGGGUUACAAACUGGUUGAUAAGUUAAGGAUUCCAACUUUUAUGCAUGAGUUCCUCAAUCAAGCUAUCGAUGAUUAUUUUUUUGAUGGGAUCUGGCAUUUCACAGAGGACUUUAUUAUUCAUUGUUCUGAUAUUGUGGUGGAUAUACUACUCCUCCCGUUUGGUGAUGAGGAAGAUCAACGUUUCUGGAAGUCGUCGCUUACUGGUAAUGUUUCGGCUGCUACGGCGUUUGCGGCCAACAGUCAUUGUUUCCCCAAAGUUUGUUGGGGGAGUUGGAUAUGGGAGAAAUUUAUCCCGGAGCGCAGAUCUCUUCUUACUUGGAGGUUAAUCCAUAGACGCUUACCUACUCAGGAUCUCUUGAUUCGUCAUGGGAAGAUGAUUGGGCCGAAUAGGUGCGCCCUCUGUGGUAGGGACGAGGAAACUAUUAGCCAUCUGUUUUGGAUAUGCUCGGUGGUUAAGCUUGCUUGGCAUGAGUUGCUGGAGUGGUUUCAUAAGACUGAUUAUCUGCAUCAUGCGGACAUUCAUGAUUUCCUAGUCACUGCUUGGAAUGCUAAGUUCAGUUCUUUGGUGACUUCUUUCUGGAAAGCGGGGGUUAUAAAUUUGUUAUGGAAAAUUUGGGAUUGUCGCAAUCAAAUCAUUUUUGAAGAUAAAAGCUUCUCUCAUAGGGAUCUCAGCCGUUUUCUCAAAGUGGCUUUCAAAGAAAUGGAUGCUCAUUUCUCUAAAAUGGGUAAUUCUAAUAAUUCUUGGUCAGAUUAUCUCACUUUGAGAAGUAUUGGGGUUGCUACUCGUGCGGCUCCUCCGCCGGUUAUGGUUAAUGUUCACUGGUGGCCUCCGGUGGGUCAAUGGAUGAAAGUCAAUACGGAUGGGUCAGCGAUGGGAGCUCCGGGAAGUAUUGCUGCUGCAGGCGUUUUUAGGGAUCAUUGGGGCUGGGUCCGGGGUUGCUUCCACUUUAAAGGAGGAACGGGAUUUGCCUUUGAAGCAGAACUUCUUGCGAUAAUUUAUGCAAUUAUGAUUGCACAUCAUAGAGGCUGGCAUAUGUUGUGGAUUGAAGGCGAUUCGGCCUAUAUUGUUCGUCUGUUGACUUCUAGAUCGUUGGAUGUUCCGUGGCGUUUCAUGGCGGCUUGGAGAAAGGCGCUUAAGCUCCUGGAGGAGUUUCAGUUGCAGGUGUCGCAUAUUUUUCGUGAGGGAAAUUGCGCGGCAGACUUGAUGGCGAAUCAGGCUAGACCUGAGGGAUGGUGGCCCUAUGCCCGGGACGAAAUUAAAAAAGUGGUGGCCAUGGACAUGGCGACUCAUAGCCAUGUUAGGAUCAAGGGGCUUCUGGUGCGUUUCUUGGAUGCGGGUUUUUGUCGAACAGAUGGAGGGCAGGUUUCUGCACGGGUUUUGUUCAUCAGGAGGCCGGAUUGGAGUUUCUUUUUCCUCGAGCAAGAGUUGCUACUUGUUCAGUGGUGUGAUCUGCAGCAGAAUAUGGAGCAGAUGUGUGAUCCCCGGCGGUAUAAGGAUUUUUCGUUUUGGUUUCACCGUGAACUUUUUUCAAACAGCUGGUGGGCGGGCUUGGGUUUCGGGUGGUCGUCUGAUUUGAUCGCCUUGUCGUCUGGUGUGAGUUGUUGGGGGAAGAUUGUAGCCGGCAACAAUCUGAUCUUUGUUUCUCAUGGAUCGAUUGGAAGGAGUUUUUUGGAGGAAGAAGGGCCUGCAGCGACGGCGUAUCAUCGGCUGCUUGGUCCCUUUGCCUCUGUUGAUCGUUGGCUGGAGGAGGGAAUCGGCGACGGCGUUUUACCGGCUGAUUUCACUUCUAUGACAACUUUUAGUGUGUUUGUCGAUCGAUGGCUGGAGGAGGAAAUCGGCGACGGCGUAUUACCGGCCGAUUUCCCUUCUAUGACAGCUUUUGGUGUGGCACUCGUUGUCGAUCGAUGGCUGGAGGAGGAAAUCGGCGACGGCGUAUUACCGGCCGGUUUCCCUCCUAUGACAGCUUUCGGUGUUACUUUCUUGGUUGUUGUUACGGUUCUUGCUAAUGAAGUAGAAUCAGUGGUUCUUGCUAAUGAAGUAGAAGUAAAAUUAUAUGUAAUUAACCAAUAA